AUGGCGUCAGACCCAAUUUUGCCCAAAAAGGGCGAGCGCAAUAUCCUCAUUACUAGUGCACUGCCAUACGUGAACAAUGUUCCUCAUCUGGGCAACGUCGUCGGCUCUGUGCUGAGCGCCGAUGUAUUCUCGAGGUACCACAAGGCGUGCGGUCGGCCAACACUAUACAUCUGUGGAACGGACGAAUAUGGAACAGCAACGGAGACCAAAGCGCUGGAGGAGAAGGUGACGCCGGAGGAGCUUUGCGCAAAGUACAACAAGAUUCACCAGGAGGUUUAUAAGUGGUUCAACAUCGGAUUCGACCACUUUGGCCGCACUCCGACCAAGCAGCAUACCGAGAUCUCGCAGGCUAUCUUCAGGCGCCUGCAGGAGAAUGGAUUCCUCGGUGAGCGCACCGCCGAGCAGCCAUUCUGCGAGCAGCACGGCUCCUUCCUGGCUGAUCGUUACGUGGAGGGUGAAUGCCCCCGGUGUCACUACGAUGAUGCGCGCGGAGACCAGUGCGACAAGUGCGGUCACCUCCUCGAUCCCUUUGACCUUAUCAAUCCCCGCUGCAAGCUCGACGGGGCCACCCCGGUGCGCCGUGAGACGAAACAUAUCCAUUUGCUGCUCGAUAAGCUCCAGCCGGAGGUUGAGAAGUGGGCGGAGGAGGCCAUUAGCAAGGGUGAAUGGCCUAAGAACUCCAAGGUUAUCACUGAGUCCUGGUUGAAGGAGGGUCUGAAGGACCGUGGCAUUACUCGUGACCUCAAGUGGGGUGUCCCCGUCCCUCUGGAAGGAUACGAGAACAAGGUGCUGUACGUCUGGUUCGAGGCCUGCAUCGGUUACCCCUCGAUCACCGCCAACUAUACCAAGGACUGGGAGCUCUGGUGGCGCAACCCGGAGGAUGUGCAGCUGUACCAGUUCCUGGGCAAGGACAAUGUUCCUUUCCACAGCGUCAUCUUUCCUGCCACUCAGAUUGGCACCCGGGAUAAGUGGACCAUGAACCACCACCUCAGCGCGACGGAGUACCUGAACUACGAGAACGGCAAGUUCAGCAAGUCUCGCGGAAUCGGUGUCUUCGGCACUAACGCCAAGGAAACCGGCGUGCCGCCUGAUGUUUGGCGUUACUACUUGCUGAAGAACCGCCCAGAGACCGGCGACACUCAGUUCGAGUGGCGCUCCUUCGUGGACGCCAACAACAGUGAGCUGCUCGCUAAGCUGGGUAACCUCGUUAACCGUGUCAUCAAGCUUGUGACCGCAUCCUACGGCGGUGUCAUCCCCGAGUUCACCGUGCCGGAGAGCUUCAACCCCUUCCUGGAGGAGGUCAGCGGUCUCCUGAAGCAGUACAUCGAGGAAAUGGAGAGCGUCCACCUGCGUGCCGGCGUCAACACCGCUAUGAGAAUUGCUGAGGCGGGUAACGGUCUGAUUCAGGCUAACCGCCUGGACAACUCGCUGAUUGCGAACGAGCCCGAGCUUGCCGCGGCCGUCGUCGGCACAGCACUGAACCUGAUUCACCUGCUGUCUAGCGUCUUUGCCCCCUACAUGCCCGCAACGGCGACGUCGAUCCUGGAGCAGCUGGACGCUCCCUUCCUCCAGAUCCCCUCGCUGGAGGUGCUCAAGGACGGCUGGAAGCCCGACAGCCUGAAGGCUAGCCACAAGAUUGGCAAGGCGCAGUACCUGUUCUCUCGCAUCGACCCCAAGAAGGCCGAGGAGUGGCGUGAGAGCUUUGGCGGCUCCCAGGCCGAGCGCGCCAAGAAGGCCGACGAUGCUGCCAAGCUCGCCGCCAAAAAGGCCGCCGCCAAGGCCAAGAAGAAGGAGAAGAAGGACAAGAUCAAGGCUCCCGGCGGAGUCGAGGCCACGGCCAAAGGUGGCGCUGAGAGCCCCAGCGUGACGACUGACGGACCCAACGACGAGGCGGUCGAGAAGAUCACCGACGGCGUUGCGCAGGUCACUCUUCCGACCUCGUGA